AAUUAACUAACACCAAUAUCAACGCUUGGGACAUUACACAAAAAGAGUAUUCUGGCUGCUGCAAUGGCUUUCACUCGUACUUUACUCGUCUGUGUCGUGCAAUUUUUGACGUUUCUCCAAGCUCUUGGAGAUGAGGUAAAUCCAAAUGAAUUCCUCAAGCGAGAACAUUCUCUAAUGCGUCCAUACACAGGGGCUGGUGCUAGUCUACCGAUGUGGGACAUUACGGGAAAUACCAUGGUAACCAAUGACUACAUCAGACUGACGCCAGACCAUCAAAGCAUGAGAGGAGCUGUGUGGAACCAAGUGUCGAAUAAGUCGCCACAUUGGGAGCUGCAUCUUCACUUCAGUGUGCAUGGAUCGGGGAAGACCUUGUUUGGAGAUGGCUUUGCUAUCUGGUACACCAAAGAACGCAUGAAAGAUGGACCUGUGUUUGGAAACAUUGAUUAUUUCACUGGACUAGGUCUCUUCUUUGAUACAUACAGCAAUCACAAUGGUCCACACAAUCAUGCACAUCCCUACAUCUCAGCACAGAUCAACAACGGCACCCAACACUACGACCAUGACAGAGACGGAACACACACUGAGCUGGCUGGAUGCCACGCCCCCUUCAGGAACAAAGACCAUAACACACACGUUGCUAUCAGAUACUUCAUGAGCAGACUAACAGUAAUGAUGGAUAUAACGGGCGAAGGAAAAUGGCAGCAUUGUAUAGAUCAGACAAAUAUAAUCUUACCAACUGGAUAUUACUUUGGAGCCUCAGCUGCUACAGGACAAUUGGCAGAUAAUCAUGACAUCCAUUCUGUAAAAGUUUACGAGUUAGAAGGUAUUGAUUUAGACAAAGAAACGGAUUACAGCAAACUGUUACCAUCAGCGCAGUACUUUGCACCACCAAGAGAUCACAUUGAUGAUCCUCAAGGGGCCUUCAAGAACUCAACGCUAAGCUGGAAGAGAAUGUUCCUCAUCCUCUUCUGUAUCAUCCUGGGCAUCGCUGUCUGUAUCAUCGUCGGCGUCGUAGUAUUCCAGAAGAGGCAGGAACACCAGAGGAAGCGCUUUUAUUAGAUGAUAAAAAA